AUGACAUCUCGUAUGACUUUGCACAUAGACCAUAGCCAAGGGCAAUUACUUCGCUCUAAAAUCUUUGGUCAUGAUGGUGUUAUUAUCCCAUUCAGGGAAGGAUACAUUGCGAAGAAAUGCAAAUUAAUUCGUGAGUUGAAAUUUUAUAAAACAUAUGUAGGCAGUUUGCAUAAUAUCUUAGAGCCCGAACUCAUCCCUUCUGUUGAAGGCAUUGUUGACGACAACAACGUUCACUUAUCUAGUUCAGAUGACGAAGUUGAUCUUGAAGUCAAGCGCGACAUUGAAAUCAAUCACAAAUCAGAACCAUACCUUAUGAUGCAUGACAUUGCAGAUGGUUAUUCACGCCCAGCUGUUCUAGACGUGAAACUUGGAACUAGAACUUGGGCGUUAGGUGCCUCUAAAAUAAAGCGUGAGCGUAUGAAGAAGAAAUGCUCAUGCCCUACAUCAUCGGAGCUUUGUGUACGUGUCCGUGCCGCUAUGUGGUACUCUCGUACACCAGAUAAGUGGCCUGUUGAAGAGAACAUCAACUGUGUUAAACGCGAAUGGGGUAAUUCAUGCUCUAAGUCGGAGUUUCUCGACUUCUUGAAAGAUUUCUUCCACUACCCAAACCAAAUUCCUAUUUUUGUUGAAAAACUCAAUAAGUUGAAGACAUCUAUGGCUAAAAUGCGCGAACAGUUUGGUGCUCGCAUGUACUCUAGCUCGAUUGUCUUCGCGUAUGAUGAAGAUGAUCCAUCCAAAUUUGAUUGUCGUUUACUUGACUUUGCGAAGACUUAUUUAGACAUCGACAAAGCGGCUAAAGAGUCAAAUGAAAGUGUUGAUGAGUGUGAAGACUCUGUUCUUCCAGCAUUGAACAGUAUAACUAGUAUGAUCGAAUCUCUUGUUUAA